AUGACGGCGCUUUCUAAUCCUAGUGAUGACCGGGAUCAACAUGAUACCCACACACUUAGCAACGGUCAGGUUGUGACGGGCGACAAGAUAGCUUCGGCGGAACUGGACCCCAGCUUGGCGGACACCGACACUUCGAAUAACCAUCGUCAAUCUUCAGAAGAAAAGCAUGCGAAUGAAUCGAACGGUGAUGGAACGAUGGAAAAAGUCGCCACUGGCGCUUCGCUGGGCCGAGUGCCUUCUCAGGCGCAGAAGUUGGGGAAGAAGAAGAUCGUUGUUGUCAUGACGGCGCUUUGUUUGGUCCUGUUCUUAGCAGCUCUAGAUAUGACAAUCAUUUCCACGGCCCUGCCAACAAUGGCCUCUCACUUCAAUGCCUCGGAGAGUGGAUAUUCAUGGAUGGCUUCAUCGUAUAUGCUUGCUAAUGCUGCCGCGGUGCCCCUCUGGGGUAAAAUUAGUGACAUCUGGGGCAGAAAGCGCAUUCUGUUGCUGGCCAAUGUUGCUUUCCUCGUAGGUAGUUUGAUCUGCGCGCUGGCUAUUAAUCUGCCGAUGAUUCUGGUGGGUAGAGCUAUCCAGGGUGUUGGAGGAGGUGGUAUCAUCGUGUUAGUGAAUAUCUGUGUCUCUGAUUUGUUCAGUGUCCGAGAACGGCCGAUGUAUUAUGGUCUUUUCGGGUCUACAUGGGCAAUCGCAGGUGCUCUAGGCCCUAUCGUUGGAGGCGCCUUCACUACCAACGUUACUUGGCGUUGGUGUUUCUAUAUAAAUUUGCCCAUUGGAGGCGUUUCAUUUGUGAUCCUCGUUCUGUUCCUUAAGAUUGAGGCUGAAAAAACACCGCUUCUAGCAGGUCUAAAAUCCAUUGAUUGGAUAGGUAUCGUCUUAAUCAUGGGAGGAACGCUCAUGUUCUUGUUUGGCCUGGAGUAUGGUGGCAUCACUUACCCUUGGGACUCGGCCACCGUCAUCUGUCUCAUCGUCUUUGGAGUAGUGACGUGGGCUAUUGCCAUGGUGGUUGAAUGGAAAGUCGCAAAAUAUCCCGUUAUACCGAUCCGUCUCUUCACUAAUUGGCACAAUGUUCUGGUCCUUCUCGUCUGCUUCUGCCACAGUUUCGUGUUUAUCUCUGGCGCCUACUAUCUCCCGCUCUAUUUCCAGACCGUGCUCCUCGCCAAUCCUAUCAUGAGCGGUGUCUACGUGCUUCCGAACGUUCUCAGCCUUUCCUUCACUUCCGCAUGCACUGGUUUCAUCAUUAAGAAGACCGGCCGCUACCGCGAGCUUAUUGUGGGUGGAUUAUUCUUCAUGACCCUUGGCUACGGACUCCUCAUCGACCUGAAAUACUACGCCUCGUGGCCUCGUAUCAUCAUCUAUCAACUAAUCGCCGGUUUUGGCUCCGGUCCUGUUUUCCAAGCACCCCUCGUUGCCCUCCAGGCUAACAUCCACCGUGGCGACGUCGCUGCCGGAACCUCCACGUUCGGCUUCCUUCGUCAAACCUCCGCCGCCAUGUCCAUCGUCCUUGGUACCGUCGUGUAUCAAAAUGUCCUCCAGCAGCAAAUGCCUAAGAUCUCAGCCGCGAUCGGGCCCGAGAAAGCCACCGCGCUCGCUUCCUCCUUUUCCGGCUCUCAGGGCGACGUCAUCAGAGCACUCCCGGAAGAUCAAAAGAACGUCGUCCUGAAAGCAUACACCUUCACCCUGAGCCGGAUGUGGAUCUUCUACACCGCCAUCAUCGGCUUCGGACUGCUAGUCAGUCUACUUAUCCGACCCGUCGUGCUCAGCAAGGCACACACCUUCACCAAGACUGGUCUUGCAGAACAAGAGCGCGCAAGACAAGAGAUUCUCGCCGCGCAAAGAGGCGAAACUCAGACCGAACCCAAGGAGACCGUAUAA